AUGGCCGACAACACCACGGAUCAGAUCAAACAGUUCAAGGAUUUUAUACUCAAUUACAACAAACUGUCGGAAAUCUGUUUCAUGGAUUGCGUGCAUGACUUCACCACCAGAACCGUGGCCACCAAAGAGGAGACCUGCGCUAACAACUGCUUCGACAAGUUCCUGAAGAUGAAUCAGCGGAUCAGUCAGCGCUUCCAAGAGAUCCAACUGCAGCAGAAUGAGCGCCAACAGCAGCAACAGAUUUAG